AGAAGUUACAACAGCAUGUUUAAAGUAGGAUUACCUCAAUGAGCUAUUAAUGAAGCAAUGAUGGACCAAUGCUUGUGAGAGUCCCAGACAGGACAGAAGGAGGAACUAACUGUAUGGUCACCAUGAGCAUGAUGAGGUUUCAUCUUGCCUUUUACUGUAGUCAAGUCAUGUAGUCAAGAAGUAAAUGAUUCAGGACACCGAGCACCAUUGUUACAGGCGGAGGAACCCGAGGAGCUUUUGAAGUUCAGGACCAUCAUCUUACUUACAAAAUGACUGAAUAAACAAUCACAAUCAGAAAGUAACAGAACAUGCAAAGGUCCUGUUGACGGUUUCAAAUAAUACCCUUGGAUUAUUCUAUUACAGUUUAUUAUUAAAAUAAGAGGAUCUAGCUUUUUUAUUGCCUUAUUAUAAAAGUGAAGAAGUUCUCUGAAAUAUUUACCAUGGACCACCCAACCCAUGGACUUCCACAGCUACUCUGCUUUUUAAAAGGAAUGUCCAAGGCCACAAGUUCAGAGUUAUUUCCAGUUUUGUAAGGAGCGACCUGACUGAGAAUGGCAAGGUAGUGUUCAUUAAUGGUGGCAGCAAGGAGCUCAACAUUAUUAUCAGAAGAAUUAGAAAAAUUUAAAAAAGAAGAAAACUUGAAAAUAACAGAAUCAUCAAUGAAGCUCCUGCGCUUAACACAAACUUUGAAAAAACAAGUACGAGUUACAAGAAAACAAAUGAAUUUAUGUGCAAAUGGUCAAAGAUAACACCAUAAGUUAAGACCAAGUAUGUGUGAGUAGGGCCCCAAACAUGUUCAAUAGAUUUAAAGAGAGGAACUCCUGAGUUGUAGUGCUUGAUGGAUCCUCAGCAUGAAUAUCCCCAACAAAUGUGAUUCUGUGUAUAUUUAAUAGUGGAAGAUAAAAAUCUUUAAAAUAGCAUACAUAGCAAUUUUGAUCAUAGUUAUCUCAAAGGAGCUAUAAAAAUUAUAUUAAUAUAUUAUAUAAAAAACAAUAGAAUUUGACAUAAAAAUAUAUUUUUCAAACUUUCACGUGUUCCACGUCUACAGCCGGACAUCUGCAGUGCACUAAAAGUGAACGUUCUCCAUGACAUUGUUCUAAAAAUGUGAAGCUUCAUUCUCACGCUGCCACGACUCAGAGAAAACGUAAAAUUCUGUUUCUCACUACAAAAAAAGUCAUUUUAAAAAUAUGACUUGUUAGCAGUAGAGUGGACAUUACCAUCAUAAAACUGUUGAAACUUGCCUUAAUAUGUAAACAGUAAAUAAUUCUUUACCCAGUUUUGAGUUUCCAGGUCAAGUCCCAGCAUUUAUUUUUGUUUAUUUAUUAAUUUAUUUAUUUUUUCUGUUGUUCUGAUCAGAGUUGUGUGUGAGAUUGGACCUGCUGAUAAAGCUGACUGGGGACAGGUUGAGAUCGAGGUGAAUGGAGGGAAGAGAGGAACCUCCUCUGUUUCCUUCACCUACAGGGACCCGAUGCCUGAGGAGGUGAUGCCAAAUAGAGGUCCUAAAGCAGGGGGAACCCUCAUUACAAUCUCUGGACUAUUUCUGAAUGCUGGCAGUAAGGAAGAUGUCCAGGUUACCAUCGGAGGGGUGAACUGCAGUGUGGAGCACUUUGGAGAAAAUAUCACCUGCAGGACAGGAGAAUACCGCGUGGAUAAAGUGCCCUCUGACCCUCUCGACGUCGUAAUGAAGUAUGGAAAGAGAACCACAAAAAGCAUCCCGGCUACCUUUCGGUUUGUUGAAAACCCCACUGUGCAGGAUCACCAGCCCAAAACAAGCUUUGUCUGUGGAGGGAGGAAUAUUAUGGUAACUGGCACCAGGUUUGACAUAAUCCAGACUGCGAUCAUGAAGGUCCAGGGACGUGACUGGUCAUCUUCAGAGUUUGCCCAUAAGAAGAACGCCACAGUCAUCCAGUUUCAGUCUCCAACAGUAAACGGCUCCGCAGACCAGCACUUGAAAACAGUCAUUAAGCUGGACAACUGGGAGAAGGAGCUGAAGCCCUUUUUCUACCACCCUAACCCCAGCUUCAAUAAUCUACAAAACAAGAUCAUCACUGCGAACAGCAUGAUUAUCGUUACUGGUCGGGGAUUCUCCAAAGCCAUGACAGCAAAGGAGGCUCAAGCCUUCGUAGGUGACGUUCAGUAUGUGGUCAACACCCUUCAGGAUGAUAAGCUGUUCCUGGAACCACCUUCCAGCCCACCUCGUGCUCACUCCACACAGGUGGAUGUAAAGAUCAAGUUUGGGAAAGGGGUGUGGGUGGUUGGCUCAAUGGAAUUUGAGGACAAGAAUUAUUCCCUCUACAUGAUCAUCCGUAUUAUCCUUCUGGUCACCCUGGUCACCAUCACUAUCUCUGUCUACUGCGCCACACGAGCUCAGUUGUUUUAGGUUUGUUUUAAGAAUCAUAUCAUAUACAU